CAGAGGACUGCACACACACUCAUAGGAAUCCCACAUUUUGGCAUUUUCAGGCCUAAUGACUGGUAAUGACCACUUAAGAGUGCAUUUGCUGGUCUUCAACAUUGCAACACUCUGAGACAAGGAUAUUUUUGACUGCUUUUUUUAAAAUUAUCUUCAAAACAAUGCAUUAUUUACCAGGUUUACUUGUACUGAUGCUUGUUUCCAUAUCCGAGUCCUUCCAUUUGGAGCCCCUCAGUCGUUUUGACUGGCAGAAGAGCAUUCGGACUGGCGAGAGAUGCCCUAAAAAGUGCCACCCCGAACGUUGUCCGGAUGUCAGGCAGCUGCAGGGCUGUCCAGCCGGAUUGGUUCGUGAUCAGUGCGGGUGUUGCUGGGAAUGUGGGAAUGAUGAGGGGCAGUUGUGUGACCCGGAGCCCCAGUCUGGGUUGUCAUUCUACGGCCGCUGUGCUGAAGGUCUGCGCUGCAGAGCUCCACGCAGAAACCAUGCAGGUCAACCCAGAGCUGUCUGUGUGUGCGGCAAGCAGGAAGCUCUCUGCGGUUCUGAUGGAAAGACAUAUAAGAAUAUAUGUCAGUUACAGGCGGCUCAGCAUAAGCAAAGCAAGCGGCCGAUGCUGACAAUGGUGCACCAUGGACCCUGCAAAACAAAACCAGUUAUUACAUAUGCUCCCCGUGAUAUCAUCACAACCAAAGGAAGCGAUGUCAUGUUUUCCUGCGAGGUCUCGUCGUAUCCUUUGGCCUCCAUUCAGUGGAGUAAAGAAGGAAAUCUUAUUUCUUUUCCUGCUGAUGAUUCAAGCACUGCUGUACAGGCCCGUGGAGGUCCGCGGCGUUUUGAAAUGACCGGCUGGCUCCAGAUUCAAGGAGUCGGGCCCAAUGAUGCAGGUGUGUACACAUGCACCGCCAGGAACGCCUUCGGUGAGGUGUCUGCCUCCGCCAGAUUACAGGUUACACAUGGAGGUUCUCAACUCAACAAGGAGUUCCAGCAAAAAGGAGCUUACAAAAUAUCAGGAGAAGACGAGAACAUUGACGACGAAGAUUACGAAGGCCAGCCGAGCGGACAUAUGUAUUUGUAACAUACAGAGAUUCUAAAAACAUAGCAUUUAACCAGAAAAUUGAGCUCACUAUGUACUCUUAAACUAUUUUUACCCUCUUUAAUGCGUGAGUGUUGUAUAUAAUUUCAAAUGACUUCUAUUCACUCAUGAAAAUUGUACUUACAAAUUGAACUUAAUUAAAUAUUUGAUUUAAUCCUC